CGCGUUCGGGUGACGUGUCCGCCAGCGUCCGGCUGUGGCGGCGGCAGCGGCAGCGGCGGGUGGGAAAUGGCGGAGUAUUUGGCCUCCAUUUUCGGCACAGAAAAAGACAAAGUCAACUGUUCGUUUUAUUUCAAAAUUGGAGCUUGUCGUCAUGGAGACAGAUGUUCUCGGUUGCAUAAUAAACCAACUUUUAGCCAGACCAUUGCCCUCUUGAACAUUUACCGUAACCCUCAAAACUCUUCCCAGUCUGCUGACGGUUUGCGCUGUGCAGUGAGUGAUGUUGAAAUGCAAGAACACUAUGAUGAAUUCUUUGAGGAGGUUUUUACAGAAAUGGAAGAAAAGUAUGGUGAAGUUGAGGAGAUGAAUGUUUGUGAUAACCUUGGGGAUCAUCUUGUAGGAAAUGUAUAUGUAAAGUUUCGCCGUGAAGAAGAUGCAGAAAAGGCUGUCAUUGACUUAAACAAUCGCUGGUUUAAUGGACAGCCAAUUCAUGCAGAGCUUUCACCUGUGACUGACUUCAGAGAAGCUUGCUGUCGCCAAUAUGAAAUGGGCGAAUGUACUCGAGGAGGCUUCUGUAACUUUAUGCAUCUGAAACCCAUCUCUAGAGAACUACGACGAGAGUUGUACGGGCGUCGUCGUAAGAAGCAUAGGUCCCGAUCGAGAUCUCGUGAACGUCGUUCUCGAUCAAGAGAUCGUGGCCGUGGUGGUGGAGGUGGCGGUGGUGGCGGCGGCGGUGGUGGUGGUGGCGGAGGUGGUGGAGGAAGGGAACGUGAUAGGAGGCGGUCAAGAGAUCGUGAAAGAUCUGGUCGAUUCUGAGCCAUGCCAUUUUUACUGUAUGUCUGCUAGAAAGUCUUGUAGUUGAUUGACCAAACAAAGUUCAUAAUGAGAAUUUUUUUUUCUAAAAAACAACAAAACAAAAAAAAAAGAUGGGCUUCUGAAUAAAAUUUGUAGUGAUACAGUAUUCUUGGCGUAACUAUUUCUUGUGGGAAGUCUUAUUAAUUUUCAUUUCUUUACCUCAUCAAAUGCAUGACCUGGCAGUGCUUGAGGUGAAGGUAAUACAGAUUCCCUGCCCUUUAAAUGUUUGGGGAUAGAUAAAAGUUGAUUUGUGAACUUUAUAUAAAUAGAAAACUUAUUUGAAGAAACCAUAAACUGAACAAGUAACUAAAAAGGCUUGAUGCAUAAAAAUUAACUUUUAUAAUAUUUUCUUUCCUGCUAUGUGAGUGUCAGGUUAAUUUAAACAGACCUGGAAACAUCUUUUUUAUUUACUCUGUAGAAAUACUUAGCUGGAAACUUGAUUUGUGACCAGAAAUGUCUGCACUGUAAACUAGCAUAUUUACAGUAAAGCCAAUUUUUUUAGUAUAAAAUAUUGUCUUAGUGUAUCUUUAAUGGAAAUUGAUAGUGGUGUCUGUAUAUAAUUAAAGGUUUUUUAAAUGGUAUUUCAUGCUUAAUGCCCCAAAAUUAGAGUAGUGCCUAGAAGAUCAGUAUUAAGAUUAUGCCAAUAUUGAUAGUGUCUCAUAAGAAUCCAUUAGGGCCAUUCUGCCACAAUUGGUAGUCCACAAGGCAAGUUAAAUCUUUUAAAUCAAACUAAUAUAUCCUAAAGGGUUUCUCCAAAAAUCACCCACCUAAAGAUCAGAUUUAUUCAUAUUUAAUUUCUCUGCUUUGUAAAGUAAUAUAAUGAUUAGUGGUUGUGCAUUAAAAUUUCUAAAAUUGUUAAUUAACUUCUAUCAGUUAAUAUACUAUUUAAAUGCUGGCAGUUGAAAAUGUUUUUCUUUUUCCCUCCUUUUCAGUGUAUAGCAGAACUAAGAUUAAAGUUAAGAAUGAAAAAGCUUUUUAAAAAGCUUUAAAGCUGAAAUGGACAGUUGUCAAAGGCAAACCCAAUACAUGUGUCUAAGUGAUUGACUAGAGAAACAUGAGAGUUCCAACAGAGGUUAUCCAAGCCUACUUUAUCAUGAUUGUUCUAUAUAGUGUAGGCGAACCUUUAUUAUCGUGUGUGUAUUUAAAAAUCAGCUUUUUCACUGUAUAUGCAGUUCCCCCCUGUUCAAUUUAAUUUUCAGAAAAAUGCACAUUACUUUGUUGGAGAGAGCACCCUGCUUUUCAAAAGCUAGAAAUUCAAUAAAUCUUUUAAAAGAACAUAUUCUUGGCCUAUAUUUUUCAUGAAGGUAAUGCUUAUGAAAUAAACUUGAUAAAAAGUCUCCACUAAUUGGUGAAGUUAAUUCCAUUGAUUAUAACCCAGAUAUGAGGUGUAGAAAUUUGAUACUGGAUCUUUUUACUACAGGAAUCACCAUACUAGUCAUAGGGGGAGGGGGACUUAUGAAAAUUAAUUUGAAGUUAGUGAACCAGUUAACUUAGUUUUGAUCAUUGUAUCUUCCCUCCAAAGUAAACAUGAAAUCAAUCAUUUGAUGCAUCAUAGAUUUCAGUGAAAACUUGUAAUCGCCAUUUAGACAAGAAAGGUAGGGGAUGUUUUACUUUUUUUUCUUGAUUUUUCCUGUGAACUAGCUUAUAAUUAAAAUCUUAUAAGUUUCUUUAAGCAUUUUCACCUGAAAUUACUGAAGAUUUAGACAGUAAAACUUGAGGAAACCUACUCACUUCGUACCCUCCCCCUCUGUGCCUCUAAUACAGGACUGGAAUAAGGAAGAAGAGGAAAGUUUUGUUCCAAAGAUGACAUCACACUGUGUUGCUACUUCUAUUUGAGUAUACUAUGAUCUCAACUGGUGAAUAACAGCUAAUAAACUUUAAGUAAACUCAUGGAAUCAGCCUACAGGAAGUAAAGUGAUAACUUUACUUGGGUCCAUGAAAUUUUUCUUUUUGAUUGGAAUUUAUCCCAAGUGGCUUCUUUUUUUGCUUUAGGUUAAAAUCCAAUUAUUUCUGUAAAAUGUUGCUUGUCCAUGAAUAUUAUAUGAUGUAUGUUUAAAAGAAUGUAAAACCAAAUGGAGAAAAGUUGUUGAAAAUAAAGGUUUUUUAAAUAAGGAA